CCCAAGUUGGUUGAGAAAUGAGUCGGUUGUGUCACGGUAAUCUCUUCACGGUUUUCUCCCGUAGAAACGUGUCGAUAAUGUCUUCUCGGUGCGGCGCAGCCGACGGUAAAAGCAGCGACAUCAGGUCGGUUCACUCGGACAGCAUCGAGGAGGUUCAUAAUGUCCCGAUGCAGGUCAUAGUCAGACCGAUCCCUUCGGUCCUGGACGAGCAGAAAGUCCAGAGUCUGAUGGACACCAUAAAGGAGUCAGCAGACAUCAGUGUUGUUCCUCCCAUUGAUGUGCUCUGGAUCAAAGGUAGAGAGGGGGGAAAUUACUACUAUUCUUUUGGAGGCUGUCACAGGUUUGCUGCAUAUCAGAGGUUAAAUAUGCCAACUAUACCGGCUAAGAUCAUCAAAUCAAACGUUUCGGACCUCAGCACUUACUUGGGGGCUUCGACACCUGAUCUACGGUGACAGUAGGGUUUAAGAGGCUUGUUUCAUCCACAUGACUGCUGGACACUGUUUGUGUUUGUGUUUGGACUGAAGACUCUGUUCUGCCUCAGCUGCUGACUGCAGUGCUAAGGACUAACCAGCAGGGGGAAACGUAACUCUUCAAUUAAACACAUGACAUCAAGUUUAAUUUACAUGGUGUGUGUGUUUGUAAAUGUGUGUUCUUUAUAAAUUGCACAUUUUAACAAGUAAGUAUCUUUUAUUUAAAAGCUUUAUACUUUAUAAACAAUUUAUAAUCAUGCAUGAAAUGUAAUUUAAAUUAUCAGACAAUUGCAGUUAAUUUCUUAAACAUACCGUGGGCUCCAAAUAUCUGAGACCAACAGAUAUAUCUAUUUUUUAUUAUGUGUUUCCAAUGUAAUACUGUUUUGUUUUUUCAUUACAAACCAUAAUAUCAGCUUUUAAUAUCAAUUGAGUGAAGUUGAAUCUGUAUGAUAACAUAUACAUGAAUUUCAGAGUAUCUUAAUAUUUUACUUUUGCUUUAAUGACAACAUGUACACAAGCUAGCAUGGACUCAACACAAAUCUCAUGAGUCACAAUGUCCCAGCAUGAUCUGACAAUGUCCCAGAGCUUCUUGCAGUGUCACAGGAUGUUUGGCUUUUUCUGUCUUCUAGGGCCCUCAUAAAUGUUCAAUGGGGUUGAGGUCAGGUGACUGUGGAGGAAAUCCAUGAUUGUCAAGACUCCUUGGUCUUCUUUGGUUUUCAAGUAGUUCUUGCAAAACUUUUAGUUGUGUCCUGUUGUUGUUGUUUGUCCGGGUAUGUGUUACGUCUGCACACAGAUGAAGUUUCCAAAUGAUAAAUAAAGUAAUUUUGAAUUGA